AUGGCGUCAACUCUGGUGGGCGCGACGUUGAGUCUUCUCCGUCGCCAGGCUGAAGACGUCGAUCCAGAUGACCCUCCCGAAGCUGGCCAGAAAGAGAUCUUUUCAUCAUGGGCACUCUUUAUUUUGAUCAUGCUGCUGAUUGCGGCGCUCUUUACGAGCUAUAUCUUGCAGCAGAAGAGAAUACAAGCCGUCCAUGAAACCGUCAUAUCUAUAUUUGCCGGCAUGGUCGUCGGACUGAUUAUUCGCAUAACACCUGGGACCGCGAUACAAGACACCGUCAGCUUUGAUUACCAGUUCUUCUUCAACCUCCUUCUCCCCCCCAUCAUUCUCGCCUCGGGCUACGAAUUACACCAGGCAAACUUCUUCCGCAACAUUGGUACGAUUCUGACCUUUGCAUUCGCCGGCACCUUCAUCUCGGCCGUGUCCUUGGGCUUGAUACUCUGGUUGUGGACGCGGAUUCCCUUUGACGGCCUGACCAUCACCUGGGUCGAAGCCAUUUCUGUCGGCGCCACCCUCUCCGCCACCGAUCCCGUCACUAUCCUCGCUAUCUUCAACAUAUACAAGGUCGAACCCAAACUCUAUACCGUCAUCUUCGGCGAAUCCAUUCUCAAUGACGCCAUCGCCAUCGUCCUGUUUGAGACUGCCCAGCGAUACAGGGAAGGGGCUGCUGGGAACUUGAAUAUCAUCAGCCUGUUUGAGGCCAUCGGCAUCUUCUUACUCGUCUUCUUCACCAGCCUAGUGAUUGGGGUGGUCGUGGGCAUCGGGACUGCCCUCGCCUUGAAGUAUACGCUUGUGCGCAGGUUCCCCAAGAUCGAGAGCUGUCUGAUCGUUCUGAUUGCAUAUGCAAGCUACUUUUUCUCCAAUGGCGUCCACAUGUCAGGCAUUGUCUCGCUGUUAUUCUGCGGGAUCACCCUCAAACAUUACGCAUACUACAACAUGUCCCGAAGGACUCAAUUAACCACGAAAUUCGUCUUUCAGAUCACUGCCCAGCUGUCGGAGAACUUCAUCUUCAUCUACCUUGGACUCACUUUAUUUACCGAGACAGAUCUAGUUUUCAAACCGCUGUUCAUCCUCGUUACCGUGGUUGGCAUCUGUGGCGCACGGUGGCUAGCAGUUUUCCCGCUUUCCAAGGCGAUCAACUACAUCAUUCGACUUCGGGCCAAACGCCGUGGUCGAGACGUGGCCGAAGAACUUCCCUGGCACUAUCAGGUCAUGUUGUUCUGGGCUGGCUUACGAGGUGCCGUCGGUGUGGCCCUGGCUGCUGGGCUACAAGGCAAGAAUGGCCCCGCACUCCGAGCCACUGUCCUCGUGGUGGUGGUGUUGACGGUCAUCAUUUUUGGCGGCACGACGGCACGCAUGCUCGAGAUCCUGGGCAUCCGCACGGGUGUGGUCGAAGAGAUUGACUCAGACGAUGAGUUCGAUAUUGAGACCGCCAAUGGUGGCACGUACUACAAGCGUUCUGGCACCGGUUUUGGCCAUAACCCGCGCCCGUCGGCGAUUGGCCUUGACUACGUGGGCAAUGGUCGCGAAGCGAAACCAAACGGCCCAGCCUCACACGCUCGCACCGACCGAGGUUAUAGCAGUAGUAACGGCCGCUCUCCACCACUUCAUGGCGGAAGCCAUCGGAAAAACUCAGCCAUCUCCCAGCGUGAUCGCGAAAUUGCCGCCCAGCAAGGAAAACUACUGUCCGGCAACGGUAGCAACAGUGGCUCAACAUCCGAUGACGAUGAAGAUGCGGCAGAACUUGACCUCCCUCCUGCGGCGCCCCGAAGGAAACAGUCUCCCUUGUCGCUUCCUCCCGGAGCUCAUGACACACGCGUGCGCUCAGCUCCAGAUAUUAUCCUCAACAACGGAGACAGUGACCCCUUGGGUGCAGACCAAGGAGAUAUGGGCACAGCAACAACCCAGCCAGAAAGAUCAUCGACGCCGCUUGCGGGAGCAAGUAGUUCGAUAAGGAAUCUGUUAAGGGGUGCAGCGGCGGACCAUACUGCAUGGUUCCGCCAGUUGGAUGAGGACUUCAUCAAGCCGCAUCUGUUGUUGGACCAGCAUCAGGGGCAGGGCAAAGGGCCACCUCCUUCAUGA